AGUGGGUUUCAAGGAAGCACGGGCUGUCAGAGAGGGGCAGAGGUGUGAGGAGUCACUGGGGGAGAAGGAACAUGUUGGAGAAACCCAAGCAGGCCCAAAACAUGCAGCGCUGAGAGGAGGAGGAGAAGAAGAAGGAAGGAAGGAAGAGGAGAAGAAGGGCACCUUCUGGAGCAAAGCCCUCGUGUGGAAGGCUUAGGAGGGGAGAAGAGUUGAGGGAAACCUCAGACCCGAGGCUAAAGAGAGCGCCUGCUGGAAGCAUGGGGUGCGUCCACAGCGCGAGCAGCGGCAGCGUGCAGACACGUGCAGCCGAUACACAGGACACAGGAGGAAUCUGCACGGAGGCCGAGCCCGACGUGCAUCCUGACAUCCGGCAGCUGGCUGAGCUCGUCAAAACCGCGGGCCACACCUUCACAGAGAAGAGCUUCAAGAGGAAACGGGCGUGCGACGUGUGCAAGCAGAACAUCGACAACCCCGGGGCCUUCUGCAAGGAGUGCAAGGUUGCAGUUCACAAGACGUGUGAAGCCAAGGUGACUCCCACUUGUACCUCAGCGCCCGACCUGCACGGCUCCACUAAAUCUACACAACAGAAGAAGAGAGGCUCCCUACCGAGGAGUAAAAGUAUGGAAAAAGCGAUGGAGGAUGUGAUGGAGCGUCACUACGAUUUUGAUCUCACCUACAUCACGGAGCGAAUCAUCUCCGUCUUCUUCCUGCCCGACCUGGAAGAGCAGCACUACCGCAGACACCUGCAGGAAGUGGCCUCAAUGCUGAAAUCCAAGCACCAGGACACAUUCUUGCUACUGAAUUUAUCGGAGAAGAGACAUGACAUCACCAGACUUAACCCAAAGGUGCAGGACUACGGCUGGCCUGAUGUUCAUGCCCCCCCCCUCGACAGGAUUUGUGCUGUUUGUAAAGCCAUGGAGACCUGGCUGACCUCUGACCCCAACAAUGUGGUGGUCCUCCACUGCAAGGGAAACAAAGGGAAGACGGGGGUCAUUGUGGCAGCCUACAUGCACUACAGCAAGAUAUCAGCUGGAGCGGACCAGGCUCUCACCACUCUAGCAAUGAGAAAGUUCUGUGAAGACAAAGUCUCCUCUUCCCUACAGCCCUCUCAGAACAGGUACAUCUAUUACUUUGGCGGGUUGCUAUCAGGCACCAUCAAAAUGAACAGCAGUGCCCUGUUCCUCCACCAGAUCCUCAUUCCAUCGCUACCAAACUUCCAGGCAGGGGGAGGUUUCUAUCCAUUCCUGAAAAUCUAUCAGUCCUUGCAGCUCGUCUAUACCUCAGGGGUCUAUGAUCCUCAGAGCUCCAGGGCAAGGAAGCUGUGUGUUACUAUGGAGCCAGCGCUUUUAUUAAAGGGGGACAUUAUGGUGAAGUGCUACCAUCGUCGGAGUCAAGCAGCAGAAAGGGAGGUGGUGUUUAGAGUCCAGUUUCAUACCUGUACUGUCCACGGAGCCCAGCUGUGGUUUGGCAAAACUGAACUGGACCUCGCCUGCACAGAUGACAGGUUCCCUCCAGAUGCUACAGUUGAGUUUAUCUUCUCCAAUGGGCCGGAUAAAAUUAAAGGUCAAGAGUACCGCAAGAAUGAUGCCUCUGUCAAAGUGGACUACAACAUCUCAGAGCCAGUGGUCAGAUGGGAUUCCUACGAGAAUUUCAACCUGCACCACCAAGACAGCAUUGAAAAUAUCUCUCAUACAAGAGGCCCUCUGGACGGCAGCCUGUAUGCCCAGGUGAGGAAGCGCCGUGGGCCGGGCUCGACUGCCUCAGCAGCAUCACCCAACGGGUGCCUCACCAGCAGCCCAACAGUGAAGCCUCAGGCCCCCAGUCAGCCCCAGCCCAUCACCAACAACCCCAACUUGAGCCACUCCUCGGUCCCCUCUGAUCACCUCAAACAACCCUCUCUGACAACAAUGCGUCCAGAUGGAGAACACACUGACCGACCAUCAAUGAGAGGGGGUGGGGGAGAUGGAGCCAAGGAGAAAAGAAGAGGCAAAGAGAAAGACAGAGAGACAGCGAUUUUAGAUGACGGAGACCCGCCAAUCCCUGCAGGUCUGAGGCGAGAACACUCGUGCUGUGGUCAAGCGGGUGCAAAGUGUGGCGAUGGCGGACGGGAGAGGGAGCGAGAACCCUGCCUUUCUGAUGCUCAUUAUCUCGGCCGUUGCAAUGUCACUAAAAAGAAUCCAAAAAGCCAAACUCUGCCAGCCUUGCCCACCAAAUCUGUGUCCCCGCCUCCUCAUUCAACUCAUGUAGAGAUCUGCCAUCGACACAGCGUCCAUCCUUUACAACAGUUACCAUGGGAACGUCCAGCCCCACCGCCUCCCCUGCCCUGUCUUCUCAGGCCCUGCUAUCCUUAUUCCAACCCUGAUCACACCCACCCACACAGCCACACCCUCCCAGGGUUGAACAGACUCUGCACUGGGGAAGAGUGUCACCUCCUCCGUUAUUCCAACCGCAAUCCAGCCUCUCAUCUCUCCCAUCCGUCACUUCCCUCCAGCCCUUACAGGGAAAUGUUUUUCAGCUCUCCAACACAGUCCUCUGGAUGCCCCUGUCGAGACUGCACCAGCAGGCGAGAGCACCAAUCAGCCUCAGUACGAGCGUUCCAUCCAUUGCACCCGGACCAAACAGAAAACCCACAAUGGUCCCAAGGAGCCGGGAUGCAACGAACAAGAGAGGCGCCUCCGCUUUGGGAAAGUGAAAAUCCAUGGGAGAGCGCGAGUGAGGCAGAGUUCUGGCAGUGCAAACCCGCCGAGCCUGCAUUUCGCGUGUGCCACUCCACUUUGGAUCAGAGUCCAAAUAUGGAGCCUAGAUAUGCCAUCGGACCUCAUCAAGGCUACCCUUGCCCCCAGUCUCUGAUAGAUGUGCGGGAUGGAGCCAGCAGUGGGUACCACACCCCUCCUCAGCCCCGUCACUCCUGUCCCUGCUCUCCCUACCAGUCAUCCCCAGCCGCGAGCCAUGAGAGCCGGGGUUACGCCUCAGGGUACCACUCUGGAUCGACCUCCCCUCUGCCCGCUAGUAGCCCCUCUCCCGUGAGAGGCAGGCUGCCUGACACUCCCUGUGGAUCUGCAGACCAGCAGCACUCUGAGCAUCACAAAGAUCACAUGGCUGAUGUGGAGGAUGCCCAGGGUUCAGAAGGUAGGUUGGACUCCAAUGGCCAGUCAAGCACCCCUGGACUGGACUCUGAUCAUGACUACACAAUCAUUGGCAGCAGCAGCCCCACACACACAGAAGACAGUGUAACAGCUGAUAUCCCUCCUCAACAUCAUGAACCUUCUAGAGAUCUCGAGUCCAGCGCAAAUAGUGACCAAGCCAUCACACCAAUACCAAGGGAGACACAAACCCAAAGUUCCAACGUGUCCAUAAACUCCACAAAACCAUCAAGUGAGCAGAGUUUGAGCUCUGAUGGAGAACUCGGAGAAGCCAAGAUCCCAGGAAGUGCAGAGGGAUCUCGCCAAUCACAGACCUCAAGCUAUGCCUCUGUCAUCAUCCCCCCAGUCCAGGUGCAACUGAAUGGCUCUGCCCUUUCUAGCGACAGCUCGUCUGACUGCAGCAGAGGUGCAUCCAUGAAACCCUCUGGUAGUACGAGUUCUAACCCUUCCACCACUUCCCCACAUUCUCCCAUCGGCUCCCCGGACCUUCAGGCUUCUCUCCAGUGCUCCACAUCAGCCACAGACGCUGCAGGAGAAAGUUUGACUCCGGAAAGAGACCGUUCAAAUGACUCAAAACCACCGUCACCUGUUUCUGACGGAUAUCAAACACCAACCUUCCCCUUGGCUUCCAAUUACUACCCAUUACUAAACGCCCCUCAUGUACCCUACACUGGGUACACAGCAAUCACCAUCCCCGCCGCCCAGCCACCGCUACCAGAGAAGAAACGGCUUUCCUCCACGCCGGGAUACCUAAACGGACACAACGCUCUGCUGCGGGUCUCCUCAGCUCCUUCCCCUACGCACCACGUUACUUUCUGCCCUUCCUCGGGAGACCAGAGACGGGGAUCUUCACUCCACAACUGUAGGGAGGAGGAGGCAGAUAUAAGGGUCAAUGCUAAGUUUGUCCAGGACAGCUCAAAGUACUGGUACAGGCCCGGCAUCUCCAGAGACCAAGCCAUAGCUGUUUUGAAGGAUAAAGGACCAGGGACUUUCCUUAUAAGAGACAGUAACUCCUUCCAGGGCGCCUACGGUCUGGCCCUCAAAGUGGCCACACCUCCUCCUAACGCCAACAUGGCUGUCAGCAAAGGGGACCCUGUGGAGCAGCUAGUGAGACACUUCCUCAUCGAGACUGGCCCACGUGGAGUGAAGAUCAAGGGCUGUCAGAAUGAGUCCUACUUUGGAAGUUUAUCUGCCCUGGUGUACCAGCAUUCGAUUACUCCCAUAUCUCUGCCAUGCGCCCUUCGCGUCCCAGAUAAAGAUCUUGUUGGGGAGCUUCAGGAGAUGCAGAGUGCAACAAACACCAGCACGGCGGCUGACCUCCUCAAACAAGGAGCAGCCUGCAACGUGCUCUACCUGAACUCCCUGGAAACCGAGUCGUUAACGGGACCUGAGGCGAUCUUAAAGGCAACCAAGUGUACGUUGGCCCUGAGUCCACGUCCAGUGGCCACGGUGGUCCACUUUAAAGUGUCCUCUCAGGGCAUCACUCUAACCGACAGUAAAAGAAGGCUAUUUUUCAGGAGACAUUAUCCAAUCAACAGUGUGACAUUCAGCAGUCUCAACCCACAAGACCAGAGGUGGACUAAUUCUGAUAGCACGUCCAGCAGGAUGUUUGGCUUUGUGGCGAGGCAGACUGGGAGCUCCACGGAGAACGUGUGUCACCUGUUUGCAGAAAUGGACCCAGAGCAGCCGGCCGUUGCCAUCGUCAACUUUAUCAACAAAGUCAUGCUGGGUCCACAGCUACGCAGAUGAGAGUGCAGGGCAAUGUGCAAAUCUGGACAAGUGAGGAUCUGAGUGAAAUGUAAACAUGAUUUUUUAUUUCUGGCGUUGAUGCAGGUGGCAGCAUUGCACUUGGCGGUUUUCAUAACAGGAUCCAGUUCUGACGGAUCAUGGCUCUGUAGAGAGUUCGUUUAAGAAAAAUAGUUUAAUAAGCCAAAGACUGACGUUGUAUCAUUUGCCAAAUAAGAUUUAAAGAAAAGUUGUGGUUUUGGGUGUGUUUUUUUUUUGCUGUUGAUUAAGUUGAUCCAUUUAUCCAAGGUAUGAAAUGUUAGAGACUGUGUAUUUUCAUUAUUUUUAAUGUUUAUGUUUUUAAAAACACUGUGGCAUUCAACAACAUCAUUAACAUUUUGUUCACCACGUAACUAUACUAAUAAAACUGUAUAUCCACAAAUAUAGUAGCAUAUUAUGCUAAAGAUACCUACAAUAUACAACACAAACGGAUUGAUCAUUUAACAAAUUAUUUUGCAGCAACCAACUACAUACGAUUUAAAAAUUGUGGACAUCACCUAAAUAAUUACAAAUACAAAUCUUCAUAUCACAUGUACGUUUAUGAUCUGUUUAGGUCCAUAUUUAACCAAUUCAUAUCUAUGGCAUCAAGUUACAUUUUAAGCCAAAGACUUCAUUAUUGUGUGAAUAUAUUUUGAAAGUAAGAAAGUUUGUAUCUUUUUUUAAAAUCAAUACAUGUUUUUGUUGGUACCUUUUUGUUGUCUAUGGAGCUAAUACAUUAUUUCGAUGACUUUAGCCCAAUGAUUUUUUUAAUGUAAGAAAAGUAAUAUAUUGUAUGCCUCUGACAAUGGUUUGUAGGAUAUUCCACAUGAAAUGUAAGUAAUAAAAUAAAA